GUCAUGAUCGCGGCUCUUUCCAGUUCAGCCCCAUGGAGAAUGGCCUUGAAGCCCUGAAAGCUUUUACCACGAAGAUCGUGGGUCUCAAGAACAAGCGCGGAAAGCUGGUGGAUGAACUGGAUUUGGCUCAGAAGAAGCUUGCCCUGAGCAAGGCUUCUGCCGAAGAGAUGAGGCGAGCUCUCGAAGAGGAGGUCGAGAGUGAACGCCAAGCCAAGGAUCUGAUUAGCAGGCAAUUUCUUCAAGCCACGUCCAGCUAUGAGAAGCUGAGCGAUCUUCUGGAGUUUGAACAGAUGAAAUCAUCGGAGCAGUACAAGGACUUGCAGGCAAGGCUGGACAAAGCCAUCGUCGAGCAUGGAAAGUCUCAAUGUGCCGCCGAGGAGUUUCAGAAGAAGAUUGCAAGCUUAGACAGGCAGAGUCGAAAGCUGCAGCAAGAGAACGAUGAGUUGAAACUGAUGCUGCAGAAGGCAGAUACAGUCAACGAUGCCUUGAAGAAGCAGAUUGCAAAGCAAGACACUCUGAUUGAAGAACUGCUGAGCCUGCAAGCUGUCUCUCACGCAGAGACCCGCCAGCUUCGCAAAGAGAAUCUUGCGUUGAAGAAACGGCUGGAGAUUGCAGAGAGGUCGCUUGCACUCUUGCUAGACCCAGCUGCUGAAGAGCGCGCUUGA